AGAUUGAACCGCGUGUCCAUCUGGAGGACGAAAAAGAUAAAUAGCGGUGACUUUCUCGCUUUCAUCUCCAUGAUCAUCAUCAGCAUCAUCAGCAUCAGAGCAGAACAUCAAAACACCAAAACACCAAAUCAUCUCAUCAUACUUCACCCAACCCGCACCGACAAAGAAGCAACAAACCAAAAUGGUCUCUUCCAAGAACUCCCUCCUGUUCAUCGCCCUGGCCAGUAUCCUCGGCUCUGCAGCUGCUAUGCCUGCUGAGAAGAGAGGUGACUCCAAUGGCUACAAUGGCGACCUGGCAGACAACUUCAAGUCUUUCUUUCAGAACUUCGGUGGAUACUCUUCUGAUGGUGACUACAAGGGGGAUCUUGCCAAGGAUCUCUCCAAAUUUGCAAGCGGCUUUGGAGGUAAGCUGUCCGACAAGGAUGCUCAGUACUGGGCGGACUCCUUGAACAACAAGAAGAACAACGGCGACUUCGGUGGCUGGUGGGGAGGAUCUGGCCACGGAGGCAAUGGCUGGGGAUCUGGCAGUGAUUAUCACGGUAAUGGCUGGAACCACAACAGCAAGUCUGGACGAAGCCUCGAAGCAAGAGGCUCGCAAGGCGGCUAUGACGACAACUCGAAGAAUGGCGGCUACAGUGAUUCGAAGAAUGGUGGCUACAGCGAUUCUAAGAACGAGCAGGGCUGGGGCAAUGACCAUGGCUCCAAAGACAGCGACAACAAAGGUUCUGGUAAGGGCGGCUUCGGCCAUUCUGGAGACAACAAGGGUUCAUCCGGCGACAGCUGGGGAAGCGACAACAAAGGCUCCGAUAAGGGAGGCUCGGGAUCUGACCAUGGAAACAGCAACAAGGGCAGUGGUGGUGAUAAGAAGGGCUCCGGUAGUGACAACAAGGGUUCUGGAGGUAGCAAGGGGUCCGGUAAUGACAACAAGGGUUCUGGAGGUAGCAAGGGGUCCGGUAAUGACAACAAGGAUUCUGGCAAGGGAGGUGACAGCAAGAGCGGCGGUUGGUGAUUUUGUUCUCGAAGAGCUACUGAUCAAGAUUGGCUCUUUGAUGGAUGACCUGAAGGAUCUUGUGCUGGACUUGCACUCACACAUUCUUUUGACAUAGCAACGU